AGAUUCAUUUGUUUCUUUCCUUCGUCGUUUAGUGAUUUUGUGAAUUUCCCUUUUUCAAUCGAUGAUUGCUGUUCGAGAUUUUGGAUGCAUGAUGUAAUUUAAGUAUCUAAAAGUUCUAGGUUUACUUGGACGCGGUUCCGAUUAACGAUUUUCUCUACUUUGCUGUUGGAGUUCUUUUAUUCCGAUCGGGUCUGGACAGGUUUUGAGGUUCUGAAGGGAAUAUUAAGACCUAUUUGAUUGUAUAUCGUUAGAAUUUGAGUUCUGAAAUUGUUUUGGACAUAGGACUGAUGAAAAGUAACGCAUGGAAAUGGAUUUUAGGAUUGAUUUACAUAUUUGCAGUUGCAGUGAUAUGGAUUGCUGCUAGUUUUGUGGUUCAAUCAGUUGUAGAUGCCGGAGUUUCGCCGUUUCUUGUAACAUACAUUUGCAGUGCAUUGUUUGUAGUGUAUAUACCUCUAGUUGAAAUUGGUCGUUAUUUGGAAGAUAACCAUGGAGGCUUAUUGUUCUGGAAGAGUCGGAAUCGGGAGGUUACUGGUUUGCAAAAGACAGGGGAUAUGGAGAGAGCUGUUCUUCUUGAAAAUGACAAGAAUGUAGCUCUAGCUAACGGAUUGGAUUUGAAUCCAGAUGCACCUGCACAAAAGGACAAUGUUGAUCACCUUGAAAAGGAUGCUAUUUUGGUCCAAAAUCGAGUUCCUGAGGGUUUUUACAGUAAAGAAUUGGAUCCAAAAGGGCGUUGGACACGCCGGAGAGUUGCGAAAGCUAGCCUGUCGAUAUGCCCUUUCUAUUUCUUGGCGCAGCUGGCUUUUAAUGUAUCUCUCAAAUACACUACGGUGACGUCGAAUACCAUCCUAAGCAGUUCAUCGAGCUUGUUCAGCUUUCUAGUUGCUCUUAUAUUUUUGGGGGAGAAGUUCACUUGGCUUAAGCUGAUCAGUGUGUUGCUUUGCAUGGGAGGAACUGUAGUUGUCAGCCUCGGAGAUUCAGAAGCAGGAACAACUGCAGUUGCCUCGAAUCCUGUUCUUGGAAAUAUUUUGGCUGUUUUAUCGUCAGCUUUUUAUGCUAUAUAUGUCACCCUACUUCGCAGGAAAUUACCAGAUGAAGAUGAUAGUGUGCAAGGCCAUGUCAGCAUGGCGCAAUUUCUCGGAUUCUUGGGUUUGUUCAACGUAUUGUUAUUUCUCCCCGUAGCCGUUGUAAUUAACUUUGCAAAGAUUGAGCCCUUCAGCACUGUUAACAGGAAGCAAAUCAGUCUAAUUGUUGGUAAAGGGUUGUUCGACAAUGUGUUGAGCGAUUUUUUGUGGGCAAAGGCCGUGCUCCUGACAACAACUACUGUGGCAACAGCAGGUCUCUCAAUUCAGGUGCCGUUAGCGGCGAUUGUGGACACGUUGAAGGGGAAUGCGCCGAACCUCAUGGAUUGCAUCGGAGGGGCUGCUAUACUGCUCGGUUUCACAGGCAUUAACAUCCCUACAGAUGAUCAUUUCACAAAUGAAGGAGCUGAUAUCGAACUGGAAAGUGUAAAUCUCGAUCGGGAUGAUCGCCACGACCUUUCAGACAUUGCCAGAUAGUUUUUUCCCUCAGGUUUGCUCUAACAUCAUUAGACUUUUUAACAAUGUUUUGCCGGAGAAUUGCAGUCAUGUUAGACCUUAACUUCUUUUGGAUACAAGAUAAGUUAUAUAUAUAUAUAUAGGAAAUAUUAUGUGUAUUUGUUUUCAGUAAAGGAAAAAUUACUAUGGAUUUAUACAACAUAGUAGGAGGUAUUAUCUUGUAUUCUCGAAGCUAUAAUGUGAGAAGUCGGAAGUACAUUUAUUUUUUUACCAUUUUUGAAUAUAUUACACGUACAAUUAUUUUUAUGCUAUCA